AUGAGAAAUUAAAGCACUAAAAGAAUCAUUAUUACUGAGAGGAAGAAUUAGACAGUUCUGAGGAGUGUUUCAAAAACUCCCUCAUCAACAAAGAAUUUGAAGCCAGCAAUAUAUUUGAACAACAAGUAGAUUUUGAAAAAUGUAACUAGCAAAUUGUAUAAUUCUCACAAUCGCAGCUUAUCAGAAAGAAAGCUUUCAUCAAGCCAUUAAAAUUGCAAUUCUGAGAAAAAUCUUUUGAAAAGUAUGAAGUUCGAGAUACCUGCCAAGUAUGUAUCCGAAGUUAACCCCACAUUGGCCAGUGAUGACUAUAAAGAUUACAUUAAAUCUUUAGCUGAUCACAAAGAUGGUGGAGAUUACCUCUAAUUCCUUAGAUAAUUUGUAUAUCUAAAGCCUUAACCUCACAAACCAGGAUGCUUCUACACUUAGAGAUACAAAGGACCUAAUCAUAAAUUCUAUUUCCAUUUUAUCUCAGAGCCAAGUACUUGGUGGGAUAGAUUUGCUAAGAAAUUUGAGGAUACAAAUUAAAGUAAAGAAUAAGGAAUAAUCUUUUUGCAUGAUAUGCUAGAAUUUAUUAAAUUGACAUUUGAGAAGGGGCAAAGAAGUCCAUAUCAAAAGUAUCUAUUCAUGAUGGACUAUUACGAUAAAAUUCUGUAUGAAGACCAUGCCAAAUUAAACAGUCAAAUUAUGUCAAUCUUUGAUUUCUACUAUAAUGGUAUAAAAUAAUUUAGAAAGCCCAAACAGUACACAAGAUUUCUGAAUAUAAUAAUCAUUUCACUCUAGAGUUUAUUUGAAAAAAUUUCAUCAGGGGCAAAAUUCAUGUUGAAAUUCUAAAUUUAAAGCUCAUCAAUAGAAUUCUUUGAUAAAUAUGCUUCAUCAUUGGCAGAUAAGAUCGAAGAAAAAGAAUUUGAUGCUGAAUUUAAAUCAAAACUAAAAUUAUACUUUGAAUAAGGAAAAUAUGAUCUAUUGGUUCAAAGCUAUGACAUACUUAGAAAAUAUAUGUAUAUAAAUUCAAGUGUUACGGUUGAUAGUAUAAUGUAGCAUUUGAGAUCUGUUAUAGUCUUAUUUACUGCAAGAUUAAAAGAAGAGUAAGAAUUUUAAAGACAUGUUUGUGAGAAAUCGAUCAUAUAUGACUUAGUGACAGAUGGAUUCAAAUCCACUAAUCAUGGAUAUAAUGAUAACUAAUUAAAUGAGUUUUGCAGUUUAAUUACUUAUCUACUGGAAGAAGCAAGGUGGAACAAAAAAAUUUUCCAUUAUUUGUCAAAGAUUAAUUAUAAGUAAUUAAUGGAAAUCGAGCACAAUAAAGAAAACAACUUCUUGAAAUAAAUUAACGACGAUUUUCGGGUAAUACAUUCAAUAAGAAGGAUAUAUUAAGUCUAGAUUUAUGCUGCUUGCGCCUGA